GUUUUCCUCUCACACACAGUUGGAGGAAGAUGGCUGCAGGGCUGCUGCUGCUGCUGGUUUGCGCCGGAGGUUUGCUGCUUCCUGCCGAGGCCCAGGACUCGUACGAUCAGCUGCCCACCGCCGUCAGGGCCGGAGUCGACCUCGCCUUGGCACAGCUGAUGUCCCACGCCGGGGUCAGACACCAUUUUCGCUUUUUGAAGAGCGUGGACAAAAAGGAGCGUGAUGAAGGGUUUGGUGUGCUUUACCUCUACCAUAACUUCCACCUGAGGCCCACAAGAUGUACCAAAGACACACCAGCUUCAGACUCUCGUGUCUGUCCAUUCAGGAACGACAGACCAGUGAUGGAUUGUGCCGUUUGCUAUAAAACGGUGUAUGAGCAGAUAGAAACGACUCCCGAGCCGUACGUUCACUGCAUCCAGAGGCCGAGGCUCACGGCGGAAAUGACUACAACACGGCUGGACCACUGGAAGAAGAUGACCUACAGAACCGGCGGUGCCAGUAUCAUGGCCCUGUCCACUGGCUAAAGAUGCUCUUUACAUGUGAAGCAUCACAGCAGACAGACUUCACACAUGCAUAAAUAACUCUGUCAAAAUGUGCGAUUUUCCUUUUACUGUUACAUCUGACAUAAAAGUCUGAGAUUUAUAUUCAUUUUAUGUUCCUAAAGUGACUUUAUUCCAAACAUAGUCUUGUAACAGAACAUGUCACUUUCUCUGGAUUUAUUAGUAGAAAUAAAAAAUGUCUAAUCCUGGA